AUGAAGGCUUCAAGUGUUCUUCUUGCCGUCUUUUCCGGCCUGGCCAUCGCCAGUCCUGCUCUUUCUGCCCGUCAGGACCUUGCCAAGGCAAACGAGGCGCUCAACGCCUUUGAUGCCAAGAAUGCACAGGUCAAGGCCUAUUUUGAACAGAAAAAGCAGAACAAUCCCGAAGGAAAGGGCGAGAAGUGGAAGGAGACGGCAGGUCAACAGGUAGACUUGAUAAAUACGUUGAAGGACCAGCUCAAAGACAGUCCUCAAGAUGUUAAGGACAAUAUCAACAAACUUUCGGAAAUUUCUCAAAAUUCCUUGAACAGGGCGAAUGAGAAGCACCCAGAGGGUGCACCGGGAGACCAGAAGUCCAAGCCGGAGCAGAUUAACGAAGAGUAUACCAAGAUUGCAAGUGACCUCAGGGCCGCGCUCAACUAA